GUGUCCUGCUAGACACUAGGAGAUCCUUUGGGCCCAGGGUGGGCCCAUAGAAGACAAUUCGUUUUCCUUUUUUGUCCGCGUGUAGCUGGGCCCUUCGUUUUUUAAUUGGUCCGCUGUAGCUUUGUCAUAUUGCGCUGAGGAGGCAGUUUGGGCAGGGUCCACUCUUUCUUUUUCUUUUUUGCGGAGCUGUAUUCGAAUCCAGGGAGCACAUCUCCCUGCCUGUAUUCGAAUCGAGAGAGCAGAGCUUCCUGCCUGUAUUCGAACAGUGGGAGCAGGGCUUCCUGACUGUAUUCAAAUCGAGGAAGCAUAGCUUCCUUCUGUGUUCGAUGCAGGGGAGCAGGGCAGAGCUUCCUGACUGUUUCAGUUCCAGGAGCAGAGCAGAGCAGAGCUUCCUGUAUUCAGAAUCGAGGGAGCUGAGCAGAGCAGAGCAGAGCUUUCUGUAUUUGAAUUGUGGCAGCAGGAGCAUAGCUUCUUGUAUUUGAAUUGUGGCAGCAGGAGCGGAGCUUCCUGUAGCUGAAUUGUGGAAGCAGGAGUGGAGAUUUUUUGUAUUUGAAUGGCGGGGGCAGGAGCAGUUCUUCCUGUAUUUGAAGGCGGGAGCAGGAACAGAACUUCCUAUAUUUAAAAAAUAGUGGGGCAGGAACAGAGCUUCCUGUAUUUGAGUCGCGGAAGCAGGAGCAGAGGUGAAUUGAGGGAACAGAGUUUCCUGUAUUUGAAUCAGGGAGCGGAGAGCAGAGUCUUCUGUAUUCCAGUUGAGCGAGCAGAACCUCCUGUGUUUGAGUCGCAGGAGAAGAGCUUCAUGCAUUUGAAUCAAGGUAGACGAGCUUCCUGUACUCGAAUCGGGGGAGAAGAGCGUCCUGUACUUGAAUCGAGGGAACAGAGCUUCCUGAAUUUGAGUUGAGAGCACAGCUUCCUGAAUUCAAAUCGAGAGCAGAGCUUCUUGCAUUGGAAUCGAGGGAGAAGGGUCUGCUGUAUUAAAAAAGAGGGAGCAGAGCUUCCGGUAUUCGAAUUGAGGGAGCAGAGCCUCCUGCUUUUGAAUCAAGCAAGCAGUACAGGUUCCUGUAUGCGAAUCGAGUGAGCAGAACUUGCUGUCUUUGAAUCGAGUGAUCAGAGCUUUCUGUAUUGGAAUGGAGUGAGCAGCAGGGGCUCCUGUGUUCGAAUCGCGGGAGCAGAGCAUGCUGUACUUGAAUCAAGAGAGCAGAGAUUCCUGCCCUCGAAUCGAGGAAGCAGAGAAGCAGAGAUUCUCCGAAAGCAACUGCACACCUUGCCUGCGUGCAUGAACAGUGCCAUUCCAACCUAAGGUAGGGGCCAGAGCUUCAGGUGUUCAGGGUAGGGCUACUGCGAUGGUCGGUGGUUGAAGCCGCUGGACAGUGUCAGAUGAUAAGUCUCAGUUGAAGCACAUGCGAUGUGCUGCAGUUGAAGCAUCUGGCAGCUGAUGCGGACUGCAGAGGACAGACGAGGAGAUAGGAGAGAAGGGAGGGGAUAAACCAGGGAAGAAGAGAAGCCUCAGAGGUGAGUGGCUUUUUCUGAGGAAGGAGAGCUGGUGAGAAUUCAUGCACACGCGCAAGGACUUGCGUGAGCUGAGGGUGUGAUAGUGAGAGAGUGUCGUCAGCUGGGAAGGUGGUGAUCGUGCUGCUAGUUUGUGUUGCCGUUCAAAUAUGCCGGAGGGGAGCAGUCGAAGACAGUCAAUCGAGGGUGCUUUGGGUGAAGCAACAGCUGCACCUGCUGUUGCAGCUGCAACAACUUGCAGCACCUUGUUGCAGCUGCAACAGCAGGUGCAGCUAUUGCUGCAACUGCAGCACGUUGUUGCAGCUGCUGUUGCUGCUGCAGCAAUUGUUGCAGCUGCAGCUGCAACAACAGCUGGAGGUGCUGCACUUGUUGAAGGUUCCCUGCCUGCAGGGCCUGCAACUGCUGCCCCUGCAGUUCGUCGGGCGACGAUGGAAAGAUGUGAUGGAGGAGGGAAGAUCAACGCAGGAGGAGGGAGGAGGAAGAGGGAGAAAGACAUUUGGGGCAUGUGGCACGUGUGCGCUCAGAGCAGGAGGGGUGUGAGAAAGAGGGAGGAUGAAGAGGGAGAAGCAUGUUUGAGCCGAUCGAAACAAAGGAGGCAGCAUGAGGAGUGGCGAGGACAAGGAGGAACAACGAAAAAGAGGACCGAGGGGACGAUGAGAAUGGAGGAAAGAGGAGGAUGGAACAAAAGGAGAAAGAGGGACGAAAAGGAGGAGGACGAUAAGCAUGGCAGACGACGAGAAUUCAUGGAGGAGGGGAGAGGAUGUAGGGAGGAGAUUGCCAGGGGGAGGAGGACAUUGCAUAAGGGGGAGGAGGAGGUCGGACCGAGGGGGAUGAAGAGGUCGGAUAAGGAGGAGGAGGUUGUGCAAGGGGGAAGCGGACGUCGCGACAAGGAGGAGGACACCUCAAUGGAGACGGGAAAUGACUUUACGCCUGGGUGGAUUCCGCGGCCUGGCGAGCAGGACUCUGUAGUUAGCUUCACCAUUGCGACACAUAUUAUCGCUCAGGUUGUCGGGACAGUUGUUGCGACAGAUGACACUUACCCUGCUCAGGUCAAUACGCAAUUUGCGGAUUUUCUCGGAUCAAUCCGAACCACGGAAACAACGUCGUUGUCUGGAACUCAGUGCCUUGUGGCAAGCGAGACGACAACAUACCUCGGGUCCGACUGCGACAACCAGGAACCAUUUUCUGUUCCGCCACAUCAGGAAGUUCGGAUUAAUCCGAACCUGGAGGUCAAUACCGUCAAAACAACACACCGGUCUACGAAACUCGAAUGGACGGGCCGGGUUUCCGAACACCCUGCCGGCGAAAUUCGGAUUCAUCCGAACCAGGAGGACGUGUCAACUACGACGGCCGAUCGGUGUAAGAAUGCCGAAAUGUUGUGCAUGGAAGUCCCCAAGGGGCUGCAGGAAGACCGUUCGUCUUUUGAAGUCGGUAUUCAAGACAAUGCCAUGGAGUCCCUUGAGGAUAAGUUAGCGCCCAGUUCCAAUCUCAAGUCCCGCACACUCAGAGAGGAAUGCCUUGUUACGGUAUGCGCUUCGUUGGCAGUUAUAACCGACUUUGCGGUAAAAGCGGACACGUCCGCGCCAUUAGACUCCGUCGGGACUCGGAUUAAUUCGAACCUGGGCGACGUGAGCAUGUCCAUCGGUGACGGUGUUUUGGAGACCGCCGUAAUUCGGAUGCAUCCGAAGCAGACAGUCGCUGGGCUCGAACUGCACGGCGUCGAGGGUUGUGGACAUGUCACGACUUUCGACAAAGCGGACGGGUCCUCGCCACUGCACUCCGCCGGGGCUCGGAUUGAUCCGAAUCCCAGCGACGUGAGCAUGCCCCUCGAUACUUCAGGAUAUGAGAUGCGGCCCGUCGGGUUGGACUAACGAGUCGUAUCGGGUUACGAGGACCCCUUGUACUCCGGCCUUCAUGACAAGGCUAUAGGAAAAAUAUUCUGACGCUGUUAAAGAUGGCUUGUUUUAUUUAAGUGAGGACGACAAAGACACUGCACACGAGGACAAGAAGUUUGGGGGGGAAGAAGUGUUAUUGGACAUCCAUGGGACCUUGAGCCCGACACAAUACGACACUGGGGCUAUGGAGAAAACACAACCUAUUAACGUUGUAGACCUCGACUCUUCAAGUCCGGAGAAGAGCGGAAUAAAAUUGUCCGUCGUGG